ACAAUUCAAAUAAAAAUAGAAGAAUUAUCAAACUGUACUCGUAAAAGUAUAAAUAACAGCAAAGACUCAAUACGUUCUUAAAAUAGUAAGUGUAGAGUAUAAAUAACUGCUUUACAAGGACAACAUCCAUUCUUCAGAAAAUAUAAGACAUAUAGAACUACUAGGUAUAGUAUGUAACGAAAAUACGGAACGAGAACAAGUUAUAUGAGAAUAUACAUAUCCCCACUCACAAGCAGAGAGCAUCAUAACCAUGAUUUCGAAACGUGAAAAAUUUAGGGCAAUACUAGCGGUAGAGUUGGUGAUAUGCAUUCUGUGCCAAACCAUGCCAAAAUCAGCAGAUGCUACAGUGUUGGAUAAGAGUGACGAGCAGUUGACAAUACUAACAAAAAACAUGUUCGUGAAUUACACAUCUGUGACAGAUCUACGCCUUGAUAGAAGUCAAAUAACAAAAAUUGAACCUGAUGCAUUUUCCGGUUUGAAUUCAUUGCAAUAUCUUCAUUUAGAAUUCAAUAAACUUACACUUUUGAGAGAUGGCAUAUUCCAUAAACUGACCUCCCUUAAAACGAUCUAUCUUCAGUACAAUGAAAUAACAGAGAUUGAGGGUGAUGUGUUUUUAGGUUUGAAUUCAUUGGAAUAUCUUCAUUUAUAUUCCAAUAAACUUACACUUUUGAGAGAUGGCAUAUUCAAUAAUCUGACCUCCCUGGUACGGCUCUAUCUUCAGUACAAUGAAAUAACACAGAUUGAGGGUGAUGCAUUUUCAGGUUUGAGUUCAUUGAAAUAUCUACGUUUGAAUAACAAUAAACUUACAAUUUUGAGAAAUGGCAUAUUCCAUAAUCUGACCUCCCUGAUACAGCUCUCCCUAGAGUACAAUGAAAUAACAGAGAUCGAGGGUGAUGUAUUUUUAGGUUUGAAUUCAUUGGAAUAUCUUCAUUUAGAAUUCAAUAAACUUACACUUUUGAGAGAUGGCAUAUUCAAUAAUCUGACCUCCCUGGUAUGGCUCUAUCUUCAGUACAAUGAAAUAACAGAGAUUGAGGGUGAUGUGUUUUUAGGUUUGAAUUCAUUGAAAUAUCUAAGUUUAUAUUACAAUAAUCUUACAAUUUUGAGAGAUGGCAUAUUCCAUAAUCUGACCUCCCUUAAAAGUAUCAAUCUUCAGAACAAUGAAAUAACACAGAUUGAGGGUGAUGCAUUUUCAGGUUUGAGUUCAUUGAAAUAUCUACGUUUGAAUAACAAUAAACUUACAAUUUUGAGAAAUGGCAUAUUCCAUAAUCUGACCUCCCUGAUACAGCUCUCCCUAGAGUACAAUGAAAUAACAGAGAUCGAGGGUGAUGUAUUUUUAGGUUUGAAAUCAUUGGAAUAUCUUCCUUUAUAUGACAAUAAACUUACACUUUUGAGAGAUGACCUAUUCAAUGAUCUGACCUCCCUGAAAGGGCUCUAUCUUUCUGAUAAUGAAAUAACAGAGAUUGAGGGUGAUGUGUUUUCUGGUUCGAAUUCACUGCAGUAUAUAAAUUUGGCUCGCAAUAAACUUACACUUUUGAGAGAUGGCGUAUUCCAUAAUCUAACCUCCCUAAAAGAGCUCUAUCUUCAUAGGAAUGAAAUAACACAGAUUGAGGGUGAUGUAUUUUUAGGUUUGAAUUCAUUGGAAUAUCUUCAUUUAUAUUCCAAUAAACUUACACUUUUGAGAGAUGGCAUAUUCAAUAAUCUGACCUCCCUGGUAUGGCUCUAUCUUCAGUACAAUGAAAUAACAGAGAUUGAGGGUGAUGUGUUUUUAGGUUUGAAUUCAUUGAAAUAUCUAAGUUUAUAUUACAAUAAUCUUACAAUUUUGAGAGAUGGCAUAUUCCAUAAUCUGACCUCCCUUAAAAGGAUCAAUCUUCAGAACAAUGAAAUAACAGAGAUUGAGGGUGAUGUGUUUUUAGGUUUGAAUUCAUUGGAAUAUCUUCAUUUAAAUUACAAUAAACUUACACUUUUGAGAGAUGGCAUAUUCAAUAAUCUGACCUCCCUGGUACGGCUCUAUCUUCAGUACAAUGAAAUAACACAGAUUGAGGGUGAUGCAUUUUCAGGUUUGAGUUCAUUGAAAUAUCUAUUUUUGUAUAACAAUAAACUUACAAUUUUGAGAAAUGGCAUAUUCCAUAAUCUGACCUCCCUGAUACAGCUCUCCCUAGAGUACAAUGAAAUAACAGAGAUCGAGGGUGAUGUAUUUUCAGCUCCUCAAAACCUUGAUAACAUCCAGGUAAUAAAGGAGUAUUGUGUUGCAAGAAAUGAAUCGAUACAAACAACACAAGAAUCGAUACAAACAACACAAAUAUCGAUACAAAUAACACAAGAAUCAAAACAGGCAACACAAGAAUCUAUACAAACAACACAAGAAUCGAAACAAACAACACAAGAAUCGAUACAAAAAACACAAGAAUCAAAACAGGCAACACAAGAAUCUAUACAAACAACACAAGAAUCGAUACAAACAACACAAAUAUCGAUACAAAUAACACAAGAAUCAAAACAGGCAACACAAGAAUCUAUACAAACAACACAAGAAUCGAAACAAACAACACAAGAAUCGAUACAAAAAACACAAGAAUCAAAACAGGCAACACAAGAAUCUAUACAAACAACACAAGAAUCGAAACAAACAACACAAGAAUCGAUACAAAAAACACAAGAAUCAAAAUUGGUAACACAAGAAUCUAGACAAACAACUCAAAAAUUAACGCAAACAACACAGGAAUCUACCAAGGCAACAAAGUCAACUACCCAAACAAAUGAACCAUCCCCCCUUUCAUUUGAGAUUGGUUUAGCAUGUGGAAUUUCAGUGUCUGUUGUGUUUGUCAUUAUUCUCGUCUCUGUUAUCAUAUGGAGAAGGAAAACGAACCAAACUCCUAUAAAAUCUUCUGUGGAAAAUAAUCAAGAAUAUGUAAAUGAUGCUUUCAGGGAUAUGAUUAUUGCAAUGAACAGUAAUUCUCAAACAAAUGACACACAUAUAACUGCUGACAAUAACACUUCUGAGUCCACGUUAACGUCACCAUAUGAAACGAUCAAUACGUAUGACUCCGAUACGUAUCUUACAAUUUCAAAUGACACAGAUUCAAACAUCAUUCAUAAUGAGGCCAACCAGGAAUAUGUUAACCAGGCCAUUGUAAAUGAUAACAGUUCACGUGGAAAAUAUAAUGCGACAGACCAGGAUUAUGAACAUGUGAACUAAACAUCAAGACUGAUAUAGUCCAAGUCAGACCAUACUUGUAUAUAGGGGUUUGAAUAGCAUCAGGCACUGGUCAAUUAUCUCGGUUGUUUUUACCCAAAUCCUCUUUUGCUCUUAGGAAUGUUGCGACUAAUGCCAUGUUGAGAUUAUACUUUCAAAUGAGUUUGCUUACUGUUAGCUACAUUAUAAACCAUUGGAUAUCUAAGCCACGUUUCUUUGAAACAGGAGGAUAUGAUGAGUAUCAGAAUAAUGAUAUAUUAUGUAACAAGAUGAUUAUAUGUAUGUGAGAUAUGCUUACAAUUAUAUAACUUGAAAUGAUAAUGCU